UAAGAUUCCUAUUUCAUACGCCUAAUAGAAAUAGAAAAACAAAAUAAAAUUUGAGAGUAGCGGAAGAACCCUAGAACUCAAAACUCAAUUAUCGUACGCCUCUUUCGCCUCACUCGUUCACUUCGCCAGCAACUCAAUUCGUCGCGUUUUCUUCAUCUUCUAUUUUCCUCUCCUCCCGCCGAUCUCACUUCAUUUUACAAGAGAUUAAAGGAAGGAGAACUUAGAUAUAAGCAUUUAAUAUGGCGCGGAAAGGAUUGAUGGACCAAGAUUUGAAAAAAUUGGAUGUAACUAAACUACAUCCUCUUUCUCCUGAGGUUAUUUCUCGUCAGGCUACUAUUAACAUUGGAACUAUUGGUCAUGUGGCUCAUGGAAAGUCUACUGUUGUCAAAGCUAUUUCCGGUGUUCAGACUGUCCGAUUUAAGAAUGAGUUGGAGCGUAAUAUCACUAUUAAGCUAGGUUAUGCUAAUGCCAAGAUAUAUAAAUGUGAAGAUGAACGGUGCCCAAGGCCAAUGUGCUAUAAGGCAUAUGGAAGCGGCAAGGAAGACAGUCCUAUGUGUGACGUGCCUGGUUUUGAAAAUGCUAGAAUGAAGCUUCUGCGACAUGUGUCUUUUGUUGACUGCCCGGGGCAUGAUAUUCUUAUGGCUACAAUGCUUAAUGGAGCUGCAAUUAUGGAUGGAGCUUUACUUCUGAUUGCUGCUAAUGAAAGCUGCCCUCAGCCACAGACUUCUGAGCAUCUUGCUGCAAUUGAGAUUAUGCGACUUCAACAUAUUAUUAUCCUCCAAAACAAGGUUGAUCUAAUCCAAGAAAAUGUGGCUAUAAACCAGCAUGAAGCCAUAAAGAAAUUUGUUCAGGGAACUGUUGCUGAUAGUGCACCUGUUGUUCCAAUUUCUGCUCAAUUGAAAUACAACAUUGAUGUUGUUUGUGAGUACAUCGUCAAAAAGAUCCCAAUCCCUGAAAGGGAUUUCAUUUCACCUCCAAAUAUGAUUGUGAUUCGUUCGUUUGAUGUUAACAAACCUGGUUUUGAGGUUGAUGACAUACGUGGUGGUGUUGCUGGUGGUAGUAUUUUAAAGGGUGUCUUAAAGGUGAAUCAGAAUAUUGAGGUCCGCCCUGGAAUUGUUGUGAAAGAUGAGAGUGGAAACAUAAAAUGCACACCCAUAUACUCCAGAAUUGUUUCAUUGUAUGCUGAGCAGAAUGAGUUACAAUUUGCUGUCCCUGGAGGUCUUAUCGGUGUUGGAACAACCAUGGAUCCAACUUUAACCCGUGCGGAUAGACUGGUAGGUCAGGUACUUGGGGAAGUUGGAUCUCUCCCAGAAGUUUAUGUUGAGCUAGAGGUCAAUUUCUUUUUGCUUCGACGGCUGCUUGGUGUGAGGACAAAGGGAACUGAGAAGCAAGGAAAGGUCACAAAAUUGACUAAAGGAGAAAUUUUAAUGUUGAACAUUGGGUCCAUGUCGACUGGUGCGCGUGUACUUGCUGUCAAGAAUGAUUUGGCUAAGUUACAACUAACCUCUCCAGUCUGCACUAGCAAAGGAGAGAAAAUUGCUCUGAGCCGGCGUGUCGAGAAGCAUUGGCGAUUGAUUGGGUGGGGACAAAUUCAAGCCGGUAUCACACUUGAUAUUCCGCCUUGCCCCCUUUGAGCGCGUUGAAGCAAGAAGAGUCUAGAUAGAAGAACAAAAACAGAAGUUUGUGGAAAUGUGGAUUGGGAGAGAGUUGUUGGGAACAAUUUUUUUGAAGUGGAGAAGAAAACCAAAUUUCUUCGAUUUUUGUUUAUUUUGGUACAUGUUUCAAAUAUUAUUUGGCCUUUAUUCUAUUAAUAUAUUAGGUUUCAUGUUCCCUUUUACAUGAGUUUGGUGUACAUUUCGGAGUCUACUUCAGGAUAGAUAUUUAUAUUGAGGUACUUUUACCUUAUAUUGUUGCAACUUAUGUUGGGAUAAUUUACAUGAGAUCUUACUCCAAAAAUAAUUUGGCAA